AUGGCGGAGCAAGAUGCGCUGAUCGACUCCACCGCAGCCCCCGCAGAGACUUCGUGCUGUUGCUGCUGCAACCCGGAGAGGAAUAUCUCGCAUGAGUUUAUCCAUGAGCACCUCAAGGGCAAUCCGCUAUUUGGGUGGUGGCACAUGCCAAAGUUGCAGCCCUGGGACGUCCUGGACAGACUCAGGGACAAGCUCACCGACCGCAAGAAGUUUCCGGCCCUACCAGUCUUCUUCAAGGAGGAGGCUGAGAUGACCCUGGGCUACGCGUAUGCCAAGGAGAUGUAG